UGCUGCUGCUGCUCCGUUUGACACACUACAAAUGGCCUGGUCUUCUGGGCUCUGCUCACCUCUAGCAUGCCCCGCACCAACCAGUAACGGUUGCUGGUAACUGAAAGAGUAUACUGACUGGGUUCCCUCUUGUAGGAACCAAAGAUUGGCGCCCACUGGGGACAAAUAGGCCCGGUGUGACGAGAGAAUGUGAAUUUUUUUUUAGUGCUGCACCAGAGAAGCAACUCACCGAGUGUGGAAAAUGAUAGUCAUGGAAACCCUCAACUCCGAGAACAAAAAGAGGGUUCUUCCCUCCUGGAUGACAGCCCCUGUGGAUGAGCGGAGGGAGUCGUCGAUGAAGUCGCCCAGAAGGAAGACGACAGCGGCUGUGCAAGCUGGGGUGGCAACAAGGGCCCCUGUCAUGAGGACUGUGUACUGUAUGAACGAAGCUGAAAUGGUAGAGGUGGCUCUGGAGGUCCUGAUUGAGGGCCGAAAACAGGAAGCGCCGACUCUGGUGGCCACCGAUAAGCUGCGGCUCUCCCCUCCCUACUCUGCGUCUCCCAGUCCCCCUGGGAGCAGCAGUGGGGAAGAGGGCAGUGGGAACUGCUCACCUGCUCUAGGCCUCAGCCCUUCCCAGGGGCCAGAAGCCACCGACUCUCCCUGUAGCAGAAGCCCUAAGGAGGAGGAGGAAGAUGCGCUAAAGUACGUCAGGGAGAUAUUUUUCAGUUGAUGUGAGCCGUUCCCUGCACUUUCUUCUGAGAGCAGUAGACGACGACGCCUGCCCCUGCUACCCUCAAACGCCAGGCUUUGCUCCCAACUUCCAGUCCCAGAGGCUUUCAGACUGCAUCCAUUGGGAUGUCGCCCUGCGCUGUCCUCCAGCUCAGAGGGUCUGGCUGUGCUUUAUUCAAGUAGCAGCAAAAAUGAGGUCGUGGGCCCACCCACUUGCUGGAAGCAAAGAAAAUGUAGCAGCUGAGCUAACCCUGGGGUCCCAGAGAGACAGCCAGAUGUCACACUCAGGUGGAGGCCUAAGAACAGUCCCCGUCCUGACAGUUCAGCAGUCGGCUUCUCCACCCCCACCCUCACCCCCCAACCGAAAAGGCUGCUGCGGCCCAGAGUUCCCUGCCAGCCUUGCAGCGGGCACUCUCACAGGCUGGCGGGCCAUGUGGGUUCUCCCCACUCCCCGUUGCCGCCUCUCUUCCACCUGCCCCCCCCCCCGCCUUGGUCUCUGUACCGCUGGGACGGAGAAGGGGAUGGGAGACGCUGAGGACAAAAGAUCACACCCGAGUCCAUGUCUCUGUGUGUUCACGGUGGCCUUUGAUGAGCACAGGACGAAGAACUCGCUGCCAUGUGGGGGUUGUGCUAUACAGGCAUUGAGAAACAUACGAUGAUGCCCCCAGCGCCUCCCGGUUGUGGGUAAGGUGAGGGGAUGCGGGCUGUGUUUGUGUGCAGGCGACUCUCCAGUCCUGUUCACCAGGCUUUGUCACGCCUUGCAUCUGCAAUCCUGGCUCACAAGAGUGGUUUUGACA